UUCAAAUCCUCUCUUCUCAUAAGUCAUAAGCACAAACAUGACAUGAAGAACGCCUGCACUGCUAGAAUCCAAACAAGGUUUACAAAAUCCUUUAAAAUAAAGUAAUAGUUUCAUUAGUUUAUGUUCAAAGGUGCACCGAAUUUCAUCCAUCGUGCAUCUUUUUUCUCUUCUCUGUAGCCUCUAGCUAUUCCUAUGCAGUUUUACAAUAUCCACCUAUUCCUUUGGAUUAAUUAAUUUCCUCAGUCUCUCUCAAUCUUGAACAUUCUUUGUUCUUGAUGUUUUCCGAGUCCGGUUCCUUUCGUUUCAUGGGAGUGUCAUCGAAUUCCAAAGUCUUUCUCUCCGACAAAGAUCCAAAAGCCAACAUGGAUCAAGAAUUGGGUUUCUUGGUAAGGCACACCUCGGAAAUUCACAAGGAAGAGUGCCAAACUUCAACCUAUAAAGAUCAUAGAAGGAAACAAGUACCAGUAGUGCAAGAACGUGACCAACAAGAAGAUGAAGAUUAUCAUCAAGAGGAGCAAAAACAACGCAACGAUAUUUCAAAACCGUUGGCUUUGGCUUCUUUGACCUUGAAAGUAGAGAUUCCAUCGUGCGGGGUAUCCGAGGACGAUGAUUCCAACGAGGGGUUCAAGACUCCAACAUCUUCGGAUCACAAAAUCCCAGUGAUCCUAGAAUGCCCAGGUGCACCCAGGAAAAGGCCACCCACCAAACGAAAAGCAUGUGACCGAAGAAUUGUACGUGAUCUGUGCAAAGAACUGGAAUCUCUUUUCCCUACGCCGAGUGUGGUAGAUCUUGACGGUGGCAGUGUGAAUAAGAGAGUCAAACAGUGUUUAUUAGGGACUGACUCGAAAACGUGGCAGCAUGGUGAGCUAUAA